GUUUUUCUACUACAUUGUUACAUUGAAUUUGUUAGUUUUAUCAGUGCAAAACCCUCGAUUAAUGUAGCUCCGUCGUGUUCGUGAACGUACAGCAAUAGUUAAUCCUACCGACACAGUGCGAUUCGCUCCCUUAGCUCACGCAGAUAGCUGAGCCGUGUGUUUAUAAACCAGUUUAAUUAAAACAAACUCCUGCUUUUAUUUUGUUGUGGUACCUCAUAAAUGUUGUGAACAAGCUGAGAUUGUGGACGGUGAUUCAUCGGUGCUGCUGCUGCUAGGAAAGAUGCUCCCGGAGAAGGAUAUCGUCACCAAAGGGUGGGAGAAGCUAGACGACGAUGUUAUCAUCAAAGAGGUUGCUACUAAAGGUAAACACGUCAAUCUCUGCGUGGCCUAUCUAGCGGAACGUAAUGAGCUGUCUCACAGCGAGGCUAAAAAUUAUUUCCUGCAAAAAGUUAACGCGUACGUCUAUCGGUUGCUUUCGAAUCGACAGCUCUACAAGGCGGAGCACAUCCUAACGAAUAUCGGUCGGGUCUCGAAGUAUGUCUUCUACCAGAUCGCGGCGGAAACCAGCGAUCACGAGCUGAGAAAUUGCAUCCGGGAGCAUCUGGCCAAAACGGUCGAAAACUAUACCGGCGAGUCCGGUGAAGAACGCCAGAUAGAGACCAACUGGAGAGUUUACUGCCUGCUGAAGACCAACGUGCCCCAGCUGGCCGAACUGCUACGGGAGCUUGAUAGUGAAUAUAGUGUGCUGGAAAUCGAAACCAUGUCAUUCAAUACUUUCUACGCCAAGGACGAGGCGUACCGGAAUGCGGUCGCGCUGGAUCUGUUCUUCAAGAAUCAAGAAACGGAAAUCUCUCCCCUACUGGACAAAUACGCCGUGUGGAACUACUUGCUCAGAAAUAACAUCGACAAUCUGAUCAAAAUCUGGAUACAAAUCAAUGUAUGCCUUCGGUCGUGGCCGGAACUCGCUCAAAACCCCUCGACCUACUCCACCGAUUUGGCCAAAAUAAAAAUCGACAUCUACGACGAUCCACGAUUCAACGAACGACUUCGACAGCUGUUUCGCAGAUGGGAGAUCAACGACUUCAUGGUUUCGCAGCUCUCCUGCCAGAAAAGCAUGUGCCGCAAUGAUGUUCUUUUGAAUGCCCUUGCAACCUACGGCAAAUUUGUAGAUCACGAGCGAACGGAUCCGUUGCAAAUUCUUCGGAGGUUGUUCACAACGCACACCUUCGAGGUGAACAAAUCAUGGCUGAAGAGCCAAGAGUUUUGCGACGAACUAACGAAGCACCUGGUAGAGUCACGAUUGUUCCAGCUUAUGGAUUUAAGUGUUGUUAGUAAAGAAUGCCUUCGUAGUUUGGCGGAAGACCCCAACUGUGAUAAUCGCAAAGAAAUUGAGAUGUUUUUGAUGAUGGACGGUCUCAAACAUGAUAGUAUUAAUAUGGAAAAGUUGCUAAAGAUUUCACUCCAAACGUCGGAAUAUUUGAGCAAUAGUCAGGAAACCUUCUACGACGAAAACCCGCUGGUUUAUUUGUUCGAUCAUUUCCUCAAUCCAAACAACACCAGCUUUCCUGAAAGCGAAAAACGACUUUGUAAGCUCCCUCACUUGCAAAAUUUCCUACAAAGACUGAAAAAUACUUCCCCAUCGACCGGUUCGCUAAGUCGUUUGAUGGAACUACAUGGUCUUCCCAGUGUGGAAACAAUACGGGAAAAUCUGUUCAGGAGUCGUGACCAAGAUGACGAGGACGACGAAGAGAAGGCAGCGAAACAAGCGGUUUUGAAGCAGCACGGAUGUGUUCCACACUUCAACCAUCCGCUGUUGAUCGAAAAAUACGCCACAUCAGUUAAGCUCAACUACAUGCACUACAUCAAACAGUAUCGAUCGACCUACGCUUUGUAUCUGUUCUACUUAGAGCAGUUGCGAUGUUAUUCAAAAAUCGGACCACAACAGAUAAACAGUGCCGCAAAAUCGGCUGCAGAAAUAGCGCUCUCGCACUGCCGGGAUUCCAAUCUGAUCACACACUGUAUUGCCUUCAUCGAAAUGCUUGGCGUGGACAGUACGCGAACUCGAGCCUAUGUACGCUGCAUGAACAUGCUGCCCGGUUCCAACGAGCCAGGCUUUAUCUCAGCACGUGAACUGAUCGAAAAGUGCGAAGACAUUGUCGUAUCGCGAUCGUGGACUGACCCGGAGCUUCUGCCCGAUCUGGAAGCCAUGGUCAUCCUGUGUCGAUCAAGUGAACUGAAACUACCGGAACGAUACCUAAGCCGGCUGUUGAGCGAGAACGAUUGGUUUCGCUUUCUGCUACUGGCCGAGUAUCUGGGAUACGCGCAGCAACAGCUACUGGCCCUUUGCAGCGAAGGCUUUCGCGAUGCCACCGUUGGACGUAACGUACUCAGAGCGAUCAAAUAUCAUGUGCCGGUGCCACUUCAGCGAAGGGAAUCCACACCAACGUCAACGCAUAGGAAAUCGACCAGCACGACAACGCGGAAACGAAGAAAGGCUAGCAACACCACCGCCGAGGAGAGCCAAUCAAGCGUAUCAAGCGAAAACGACGCCAACCGUCAUCAAUCACAUGCGAACAGCGAUGAGCCGGUGCCGGCGGCGGCAACGGAUACGCACUACGAAGGAGCGCGGUUCCUUUGCGAACAGUACGAUCGUGAUUUAUUUGCAACCGUCUUGCUCUGCUCGACAGAGGCCAACAAUUGCAGCACCACACCGACUCUUGGUGGGAUUCUGGAUUUUAACAGCUUUCGGCAGCUAGUUUUGAAGGGUGCUGAAACAAUAAUUGAACGAUGCACGUUUGUCAACUUAUUGAAUGCAGCCAUAAAACGAAAUUGGCCACUGCUAGCGAUUCUAGCCGGCAUUGUGCCCGGUGCCAACCGCAAGUACUGUUGGCUAAGCUGGUUAAUGAUAUCCGUCGAGUAUCCUUUCCAGGACAGCAUUGUCAACGCCCAGCAGGAUGAGUUUCUACGAGAUUUGUUGCACCACUGUGUUCAAUGUGGUUUCGUUCAAACGCUUCUCGAUAGCUUGACCGUAUUUUAUCCAGAAACUAAUUUCUAUAGCUUUGCUAAAUAUUUGGUUGAAACGAACAAGGGUAACUUUACUCAUGCUACCACUGAUUGCAUGCGACAAUUCCUCCAAAACAAUACCGACUGUGAGCUGCUGGAGUUGAACAAACACCAAUUGAUUGCGCUUUGUGUUAAACUUCUAACACUACAUCUAGAUCAUAACUUCAGCUCGCUGCAUCACCAGAUUGAACUGCUCGAAUCGCUGGUUGCGUCGGAUAUUAGCUGCUUCACGCAGCAUGUCGAUUUUGGGUUACUCCUAAGGAUAAGCAAUAUUAUUAAAACUACCACCGUUAGAGUGAAUUAUAGUGACUAUUUCGAUCGACCUUCGGUCGACAUCCGUCAGCAAUUUGAAACGGUUUGCGAGAAUUUAGUGGUGGCUAAGUUUCAUAAAGAGGCAAUUGAGUUUGCUAGUUUGGUAGAUCUUCCCAAAGAAUCCAUUAUUUUCGAACACUGGCUUAGCAGGUUCGACAACAAUGGCACUUGCUCGUUCGACCAGUAUGAAAGUGAUAUGAUAAGAUACAGCUUGGAGUCUGAACUGUUACUAAACUUCUACAUUUACAUUGCAAAUCAAAUGGAAUCCAAUGACAGUCGAAAGUACAGCAUUCUGAAGAAAGCACUUGAAUUGAUCAAAGAUCGAGGUCUCUACCCGAGUGAGACUUUCGAUCGAGAUCGUCUGGAAUACGAAAUGGUUCUAGCGUAUGUGCAGUGCUCGGAAGAUCCAUCAAACUUAGAGCUGUAUCACUCACAUUUCUUCACCAACAUCUAUCAACGCGAUCGCUGCGUUCUUCAUCACACUUUCCUGGAGCUUAAGGAAGUCGCUGGCAUCGAUGAUUUGACCGUAUCUAAUCUACGCCUCUGUGAACCGGAGGAAAUAAUUCGUCUGGAUAGCCUAAUCAAUCGCUUGCUGGAACGAGGGGACAUCGUACAGGCGCUUCGCUACCAAGCCAUCUUCGAGCAGCGGCCGGUCGAUCUGCACUUCAUAGUAUUUUGCAUGGCACUGGCCGAAUCGAUUGUUAGCAUUUACAACCUUUCCAAAGAGGAACGACUGAUGCUUAACGAAGACUACAAACGAGCGGCGAAUCGAUUCCAGCGCAGGACUCUACGUACCAGUCGAAUCAGUCAAAGCUCAGCCAACACAUCGCUUUGUUCUCCACUGAAACCGACCCAUAACGAUUCAUCGGAUACAAGUGCGACUGCUUCGGAGUUCGAGGAAGUGCCGCCACGGGACAAACAACACAUCUUCGAAGCCAUCAAUACACUCGGUGCCAAAGUUAAGUACGGCCAGGAGCUGGCUCAGCGUAUCGUUCUUACCUAUCGUGCCGCCAUGUAUUUGGAUAAGGAGUACAACGAAGUGCUUAAGCUUCGCGAUCCAGUCAAUCUACUUGCGGAAAUCAUCCAGGAGGAUUGCAUACAUAAGCUGGAAGUUAUAAGCGACAUCAUGACCGCGCAUCGAUUGGAUGACGUAACAGUUUCUGAGUUCCUGGCGAACGAAAUUGUAAUCGCUGUCGUACGAUCCAAGUUCUAUCUGCUACAGCAAUCGCCCCCAUCGGCUGUCAGCAUGAAGCCGAUCGAAGAACUGCUCUGGGGAUACAACAUCGAUCGCGAGUUUCACCUGUUCCUCGAACUAGCCCCGAACACGACAUUACUCGGAAACUACUUACUUCGUUACUGCGAUGCAAUCAAACACUACAGAAAACUUGAAAAAUCUCCAGAUCGAAAUUCUCUCUGCGAAUCAAUCACAGAGGAAACGGAUUUGGAAUUGCUGGAUCAACUGAGAACGAUUUUCCAGGACCAAAUCCUAUCGCUGAAAAAGCAAAACACCAUCCUUGUCGCCCUGUUGAUCAAAGCUCACGAUUGCUUCGUUCAUGAGUGUUCCGUCGAAGGCAUAGUGGAAGUAUUACGCCGCUGCAAAGCCCUCAACACCACGCUGAUGGGUGCGAAAUCGUGGAAUUUGAUCGUCAAACUGCUGGUCGGUGUCGGACGUUACCGGGAAAUGUACUACUGCUUCGAAACACUCAUCAAAAACGACCAGUUUGAAUCGUUGCUUGGUCAGUUCGAUGAAAAGCACACCAAUGGCCUCAAAACUGCCAUCAUCUCCUAUCUACACGAACACUGUCCGGAUCAGAAGGAGUAUUUUAGGCUAACCGCACUCCAUUUUCUAAUGUACAAAGAAACGGCAGAGAUGUAUGAAACGGAAGCGAAAUCCACUAUCGCCAAGGUGCUGUCCACACAUGAAAAGGCAUGCAAUAUCGUAACCAGUCCAAAAGUGGCCAUCACCCGCUUGGAAUGCACUCUAGUUGUACUGUCGGAGCUGAACUGUGCCAUGGAAGCAUACACGCAUGCGGCAGAAAACUAUCUGCUGGACAACAAAAUGAAUCUCGCCCAAAAAACGGCCAGCUGUGCCGAGCUAGUAGCGCUACAGAUCUAUUUGGCUAAUAAAGCGUUGGUGGAAAAGAGUGGAUCCAAAGACGAGUUGUGUUCCUGUAUUUCAAUACUGAACAUCAAGAAGGAUGAAAAAGGUGCCAAUUUGGCUUAUUACGUUAACAGUCUUUUAAGUGUCCCUCACGCGUUGAUCAUUGCUCGAAACUAUGACUACGAAAUCAGUUGGACGACCGCUAUCUAUCAGCACUACAUCGUAAGGGGAGACGCUCAAUAUCUGGAAGACUAUCUCGACCGGAUGCCGCUGACGGACGGAAUGGUGGAGAACCUAGUGAAAACGUUUCAGCUGGAACCGAGCAUAACACCGGCGAUGGAACGAUCCAUCGCCGAGCUGGUGGACAUGGUAGAAUCGGUCACACUGAAGUACCGCCUAGCGUCGUUGCUGGGGUUGAAGCGAACGCUGCAGGAGCUUAUCAAUCAGAAUAGUUUGUACUAUCUGAAGGACCGUGAUUACGGUCAGAACGAAACUACUCUCAGCGAGAGCUGAAAGCUGGGGCUGAGAUCGAGAUUAGGGUUAAUAUUUUGCAAGUAUUCUUUAAUGCGAAUUAUUCUAUUGUACUAAUGGUUAGUUAAUUAGUUAAAAGUUCUAUGCUUGGAUGUAAUUCCGUAUCUCGUAUUC